UUGUGGCUAGCUUCUUAUACGUGGUGUGACAUAGGAGACAGUAGUAUCCCUCGAAGUAGAUUUAGAACGUAUUUCUACUUCUGUAUCUGCCGACAUAUCAUCCUGUCUACGGUUCAGGAAUGUACUUGUGAAAGAAAUGUAUUUGUGACAUGGGAUCAUACCAUACAACGUUGCAGUCCAAUAAGGAGUCAAAACAAGAGCGACCAAGCGGUGGAAAAAGUCCUUCAUCGCUUGUUGUGGACAUUGCUAGCUACAGUACUAGCUAUUUUAGCCUGCUAUUCACCGCUAACGUAACGCUGGAAGCCAAACUCAUUAACAAACAUGUUUUUUAUGUACUACUAACGCGUUAGUUAGCAUGCCAUGUGGGAGUGACAGAUCCUUGGAGGUGCGAUGCUAGCCACACAGACCCCAAACACGGGGCCAGAGGCAAAAGAUGUCAAGCAGGGGAUCAAAGAGAAGUUGGCAUCGUCACUUAAGGCUCUGCAGAAGCGCUACGUGACAACCGAUGCCGUGGUAACCAGUGAGGAUAGUGACUCCAACCUGCUGUGUUGUGCCCUGGAGGCCAUCUUUAUCCAUGGCAUCAAGAGCAAAUAUAUUCGCUCCGAGGCUGGGCCACGCAUCAGGAAAGGGGGGUCCCGGGGCACCCUCCCCCAACCUGUGUUCUGGAGCUUGCUUAAGACGGUCACUCAUCGUGACGUGAUCACAGAGCUGGAGAACAUGAGCUUUGUUAAUACGGAUGUGGGUCGCUGCCGGGCCUGGCUCCGGCUGGCUCUAAACCACGGCUUGAUGGAGUGUUACCUGGCGUCAUUGUUCCGCGAGGGCUCCAAACUGCAGACCCACUACCAGCCCUUUGCCUUGCUCCUUGACCUGGAGGAGCGUGAGGUGCUGCUCAGUUACAUCCAGGGCCUGGCUUCUCUUACCUUCAGCCUGUCCUACAAAUCAGCCGUGCUCAAUGAGUGGACCACCACCCCUCUGACUCUGGCCGGCCUCUGCCCUGCCACCCAGGCCGAUGCUGUUGACCAGCCCGGUCUGACCAAGCACAAGGAAUCCUGGGACACGGUAUCACAGUCGUCCGUUGGGUCGGACACGGUGGAAGUGCAGCGAGCUGGGCCAGGGGGGCUGGGCAGGGGGAUCUUAGGGGGCAGGACCCAUAUGACCUCUUCCAGCUUAAGCCUGGACACCACAGGUUCGUCUCAGCUUUCCUCCAGCCUUAGCUCAGACAGCCUGCUACAGGGUAAUGACCCUAAGAGCCUAGACAAGGAGACCUGGGCAUGUGAUCUGGAGAUCUCCAACCCGGAGAACAAUGGCGAUGUCAGAAGGCCUCUCAAAGACAUUCUGGCAGACUUCAGGGAGAAUGGGCACUCCAGCCAGGACUCCAUGCGUGAGGAUUCCUAUGUGUCCACCCCAGGCGCAGACCACCUCUCGGAGAGCGCAGCAUUCAGCGGCUCCGACGGUGAGGCCCAGGGGACUAGCACACCGUCCACUGGCCACUCUAAACAUACUUCACUGGGGCCAGACCAGGAGGGGCCAGACCAGGAGGGGUCAUCCACGAAGACCGAUCUCCCCUCGGAAGUUUACUUUGACGUCCCCUCUGAUAUGCCCCCCAGUCUCAGUGAGAGAACGGUGACAACUUCUCACCUGCUAGUCACUGAUGCACCAUGGGAGGAAAAGAUGGACGAUUCUGCUAAGAGCACCUCAGAGCCUUCAGCCCACAUAAACUUACAUCGCACGACAAGCAUGUAUAGUCGGAUGGCGUCUACAGACUCAUUAGCACACUCCCACUCCUGGAUCUCUGAGGAUGACAUAUAUAAGCCUAACCUCGAUGAACUGGCUGACCCCAAUGAGCCUGUGCUAGCGCCUGGCCCAGCAUGUAUGAACGGGUUGGCCUCUCCCCCUCCAGAGAUGGAGAGCUCCCAGGCUCCCCCUAUGGUGGUUCACCGCAGGCAGAUAGGUCUGUCCAACCCUUUCCGUGGGCUCCUGAAGCUGGGCCACCUCGAACGGCGGGGUCCGGUGGGCAUGUGGCGCGAUUACUACUGCGAGCUCUCGCCCUUCGAGUUCCGCCUCUACCUGAACGCAGAGGAGCGCACCUGCUGUGACAACUGCUCCCUGCUGCGCUGCGAGGACGUCCACCUUAUCUCGACCGAUGGGCGCUUUGAUCUCACUUUCGCCGGGAAAAAACUAUGCCUGCGGGCGGCGAACCGCGAUGAGGCUGAGGACUGGGUGGACCGCAUCGCAGAGGCCAUCAACAAGUGCCGUCCGCAGCACAGUCCGAACGGCCAGUUGGAGGUGCUGCAGCCUGUCAGCAGCAGUGCCAUCGUGGACGAGCCGCCAAAAUCGUCGUCCCCUUCGUCCCCCUACUCCGUACCCGCCAGUCCCGAGCGAGGAGUGGCCGCGGCCGAGCGAGGACAGGAGCUUCCUCUUGAGCUGGACUGGACGCGCCCCACUGAUCCCGAGCCGGACGCCAUUAAGGAAGCUGUGCUGUACCUUUCCCAGGACUCGGAUGCUCGCAACUGGACUCCUCUGGUGUUCUCCCUCUCCUUAGAGACUCUGAAGGCCUUCCAGGUACAGGAUGGCCAGAAGACGCUGCGGUACUCCCACCCCAUCGAGGGGAUACGCGACGUGGUCCCAGAUGUUUCUCUGGGCGGACCGACUUUCUUCAGGGUCGUAAUGGCCAGGGAUACGCUCAAACUAAGAGCCGAGAGCCCAGAGGAGGCGCGUGCCUGGAGGGGGCGCAUCAGAGGUGCACUAGACUCCUACCUGGAGAGUGGUGAGGAUGGGGAGCCAGACAGUCCCUCUGUGGGACCUGGGGCAGGGGGGAACAUUCACAGACUGGUGCAGCAUAGAUUAAAGGAUGAUCGGAGCCUGCUGGACCAUCUAUACACAGUUCCCACAGAGAAGGGACUGGACCUUCAGGGCUUCAAGUGUGCAGGUUGUCAAAAGCCAGUAGGCGUCUCUAGAGAGAAAGCCAGAUUGUGUGAGUUCUCCGGGCUGUACUACUGCGAAAUGUGUCAUCAGGGCGACACCGCCAUCAUACCUUCUCGAAUGGUGCACAACUGGGACCUCAUGCCUCGAGAGGUCUCCAGACAAGCCCUCAAGCUGUUGACUCAGAUUGAAUAUGAGCCUCUGCUCGAUCUAGAAAAACUGAACCCUGACCUUUGCGAGCACUCUGAGGCCAUGUCCGAGGUAAACAGCCUCCGACAGAGAGUGCGUCUCCUAGGAGAGUACCUGUACCUGUGCCGCAGUGGUGCUUUGAGGAAUAUCCAAUCAAGGCUGGAUGAAAGGACAUACCUGUUAGAAUACAGCCAUACCUACAGUGUCAUGGACUUGAGACAGAUAGCGGAGGGAACGUACGUGCCCUACCUAAAUACGUUGAUCCAGUUUGCCGCCAACCAUGUUCACCACUGUGACCUUUGCACCCAGAGGGGCUUUUUCUGCCAGAUCUGUAAUCGCAGCGACAUCAUCUUCCCCUUCCAGUUUGACACCACUGUCAGGUGCACAGAUUGUAAGGCUGUAUUUCACACAACCUGCAAGGCCCAGUCAGAUCCCUGUCCGCAGUGUCUGCGUCGUCAGAGUUACCUUGAGAGAGAUCUGCAGGACUAACACCUCCGCCCGGCCUGGAUAGCAAUGCGUGUCGCCCAGUUGGCUUCCCGUGGCUGCAGAGAUGAAUUAAAUUACAAACAGCAAAAACAAACAGGAAUUUCCUGUUUGGUUUCCUUUUUUUUUCUUUCUUUCAAGAACUAACCUCAAGUGCGAUUAGGGAAUGUGACAAUAAGUACCAACUGCAGACCAAACAUAACCAACGGAACUGAAUGGCGUGACUGCCGGGAUGUAAUCAACUUGCACUAAUAUAAAGAGAGCUUUCUGCUAUUGACGAACGUUCUUACCUCUCAGAACUCUCCAUCUUGUGUCCAAGCCAAGAAAUCCUAUGAAGCAUAGAAUCCUGUAAAGGAUUAUGCCACAAAUAUUUUUGUUAAUGUAUGUUUUAUAUAGUUGUUUUUAACACACAUUCUGGUUGUCAUCAUUGGGGACUUGUGGUGGGGUUUUCAUUUUACUCUCAUGUUUACAAGACACUGUAAAUGUCUAUAUAUUUCAUACAAAACUUUCUGCAAAGUUCAAAGAAGCAAGUCACUCAAAUGGAAUAUUUCUUUCUAUCCUGUUCCUAAAUAGCAAAAAACUGCACUUAAAAAUAUUGUCACACUUAGAUCGUGCCUUUUUUUAGUUUGACUUAAGAAUGUUCCAUUUAUUGUAGUACUGUGUAGCAUGCACAUCUAGUCCCAAAAAGCACAUGAGGAGACAGUCUGUUUUAAGUCUUGUGGUGACUACAGUAAAUAGUCAUCAGUAAAUUGUAACUAUUGAGUUGCCAUCUAUCCAUUCAUUGAGAUCAUUGAGAAGGAGACUUUUGAAAAUGGAUUUAAAUUACCACCAUCCCCUAAGUUCUGAACACUUAAAGACACAUUGUUUGAGCUAUAGCUAUUUAUUGAUUACAUGCUUUUGGUUAAGGGGGAUGCUCCACUUUACCCUGAAACUAGAUAUUUUGUUUCUCUCUUUCUAGUUCCAGGUUAGCAUUGAAAGGAAGCUUAAAAACUCCCCAGCCAUUCUGUUAUUCCUAUAGGUGUAAUAAACCAUAUGAGAUACCAGAAGGUUUAAUAACAAAACUGAUCAUAUGUGACGGGGUGGUUUAUUCAUGUUUUCAAUGAGGACUUCUUGAUAUUCCUGAAUAUACUAAAUAAUUGUUGCUUGACACAAUGGUGUGACUGUUUAUUUCUUUUUUUAUUAAAUUGUUACAGCCAGUUCCUCUUAGAGGAAUCAUGAAUUAUUCAAAAGUAUACAGUAUGUUCGGUAUAUAAAUAAAAAGGUUUUUAAUGGAUAUGUAUAGUGUAGAAAAAGAAUGCUUACCCAUUCCUUGGGACAUUAUGUAAUUCUUGAUGUUGUAAAUGAAGGAAAUGGUUGCAGAGAUCGGUGGUUAGGUUUAUAGCUCCAUAGUUCUAUACUGGAAGGAAACCAUUUUAGAACAUAACACUGCACUCUGAUGGUUACUUUUGGUAAUGUUCUGUUUCAACUGUGUUUUCAAAUGUUCGUUUUAUAAAUACUCAUUAUAUUACUGAUGAACUUUUAGAAUAAAGACAUCAAUAAUGUUCAUUCUCUUUCUAUCAUAACCACCCAAAUAGUCUGCGUAAAGUGUGUUCACUCGUUUCACUAGGUUCUAUAACAUUAAUAAAUAAGGGUGAUACAUUAGGCUUGCUGUGUUUCAUAGGGUUACCCUCAGGGGUUGGUUUAAAAUAAAAAAUUUAAGACGCAUUGUCCUUUUUUCACUAAUUGUUCUUUUUACCAAUCAGAUCAACUAAUUUGCUGGGCUUCCUGUGUAAACACGGCAAAUGUUGUUGAAAUCAAGAUACUACUAAAAAGACAACGGGAUUUCUCACAUGAGAAACAUCUCACUGGAAUAUUUUUUUCUGGUAGAGGAUGCAACAAGAAGCAGAACCCUUCUAUUGCCCCACACAGACCAGAAAAAAAUUACCCUUCUAUUGCCCCACACAAACCGGAAAAUGUUUUGCUAAUGAGUUGUCUUGCAAUACAUACACAAAGUGGCACAUCCAAGAUGAAAGGAGGAGGCCAGUCUCGGAGUUGGCCACCUAGAUUAUUCUACGGUCUCUGCCGAAAUAGCACCUCCCCGCAAAAAAACAUUUCUAGAAGUGUUGCGAAUCUACAGUGUACUUGAUGCGUGCUUUUUGUAUAGUCUAUUCAACUUUAUUUCAAAGGGGUUUUAUUGACAUGGGAAACAAUUGUUUACAAUGCUGAAGCAACAGAAAAAUAAACAUUUAAUAGAAGUUGGAAUUCACAAAGGUAAAGUAAAUCCAGACUUAACAUAACACACAAAAUGAGUAUGAAUAAAGUAAUUUCAAAUGUUAUAUUCUUGGCUUUGUACAGUGGUGUAACAAUGUGGAAAUAUUUAAAGUAGAAAUGAGUGAAAUAAACCGAUCAUUAUUGGAUGUGUACAAUGUGGUUUGUUCUCCACUUGUGUCCUUUUCUCAUGGCAGUGGGUCAAACAUGUUGAUUCUGUGAUUAAACAUUGUGGAGUUUAGCAAUGUUAGAAUUUGUUUUAGCAAAUAAUUUUCAGGUCUAUGGAAUUUUUGAGGAAUAUGUCUUAAGCCUGGUAAAACAUAGGAAGUGGUGGUUCCUUUUCCACUUAAUUCCAUGGCCAGUAUGCUUAUUGUUCAGGUAUUUCGUAACUAUGAAUUAUCUGUAAUGGGGAAAGGUAGAAUUCCAAUUUGUUCUGUUUUUUGGUUGAUACUUUUCUGUGCAUCAAAUAGUUCUCUUUUUUUGUUUUCUUCUUGUGUUGCUGUCCUGGGGCUGUUGUUUAGUGUGUUGGAGUUGAAAACCAGCUGGCUGAGGAGUCUUUUUCAAGAUAACUUGUCUGUAGAUGAGGGCUUUGUCAUGGAAGGUUUGAGAACCGCAGUCUAGGUGCUGCUGUAGAUUUUCCUUUCUUGAGAAAAGAAGCACCAGAUUUGAUUUAUAGGAUCACAAUGGUGAGGCUCAGGAUAUCGUUUGAUAACAUUUGUUUGUAUUGUCAAAGCAAAUGGAAAAUAAGCAACUAAUAGGAGUGAAAACCAAAAUGAAAUACAAGAUCAGACAUGACUAACAACAUGCAUUGUUGAACUUAGACUCCCGUCCAAUAGGUGGCGAUAAAGUGCAAACUAGGCCGUCAUUUACGUUCUCUCUGUUUACGCGUUUAGCGUUCUAGCUACAAAAAUGUCGAAUAUACAGCCUUUAAGUGUGUUUUUAAGCGAACGGUUAACAGCAGUUGCUGUAGAGAUACACGCUGUAGUUCAAAAAACGAUAGCCGGAUAUCAGGCUGAAGUUUUGCGUUCAAAAGAAGAGAUUCAGCGCUUACGGAUGCUACUGAAAUUACAAAGAGCUGACCCUCAGUUACUCACCUUGCCUGCCGUGGAUAUUCGCCCUGCAUUGGUGGAACAUGAGCGGAAGUGUCUGGGCCAGACUGACUCGGAGCCCCUACCGAUUAAAUGGAAACAAGAGCCUAGUCUGUCAUCCAGUGAGGACCAUGGACAGAUUGAGGAACUACAGUCUGACAUUAAACAGUUUGUCAUGUUCAGUCCUCUCUUUGAUAAAAGUGGCCAUGAACAGGAAGGCCCAGCUCAUUCCUUACAUCUUUACCAAGCCCCAGUUGAGGAAAAUGGAGAGAUGGAUUCUCUUCCCAGCAACUCAUACGAACAGGUGGAAACCGGGUCUGAUGGAGAGGGCUACGGAGAAUCAGAACCGACAACCAGCAACUACUGUUUUGCCGCUGAGGCUGUAAGCUUUGAUGGCAUGGGGAAUGGAGAACAAAGGUCUCUGCAUACGACCGAACGGGUCAGAAAAUCUAUGCAGUGGUCCCAACUGAAGUCGACUGGUCAAGGUCACUUCAAGGUCGCUGGCCCUAGCUGUAAGGUGUGUGGGAGGUCUUUUAACAAAAUGGGUUCUUUGAUGAAACAUGUGCAAACGCAUACAGGGGAGGAAGAACAUGUUUGCGGUGUGUGUGGAGAAAGAUUUGGGUCUACAGAACGUGUAACUGAUCACCUCGAAACUCACAAUGGAGCACAGUUUUGUCAUGUUUGUGGUAAAAGUUUCAGCAAAAGUACCAAAAUGAACAGGCAUAUGAGGACUCACACAGGUGAGAAGCCGUAUCAGUGCCAUCAGUGUGGCAAGGUGUUCAAUCAGAGUGGAAAUCUGCAGUUGCACAUGAGGAGCCACACAGGGGAGAAACCAUAUCAAUGCUCUGUCUGUGACAAAUGUUUCAUCACUAGUUGUCACCUGACUGGUCAUAUGAGGACUCACACAGGGGAGAAACCCUUUGUUUGCACGGUAUGUGAGAAAUGUUUUAGUGACAGAAGCACGUUAAGCAAGCAUCUUACAGUUCACACUAAGGAUCACACCACUGUUAGGACAAACCUAUGAGAAUGCCUAUGAGAAAAUACAUGUUCCUUGUGAGUGGGUGAAAAGGCAUCUUAGUUUCCUGGACAGCGAUCUACUUCUAAGGCAUGACAUCAAGAGACUUGUAUUAAGAGGCUGUACUCGGAUGACACUCACUGGGCCUUCCUUCACUGUUUCCCCUCGUCUUGUAGUGUCUCCCUUAUAGUGUCUAAACUGGAUUGCUUUUGUACAUUUAACUGCUGUCAAUGUUUUGCUGCUUUUCAUUUCAUUCUUUCACUUUAGAUUGAAGCUACAGUUAGUGUGUGCUAUAUUGUCAUGUAUAUUGUCAUGUAAAUAUCUUAGCCGGUGUGGUAAUAAAAUGCAUUGAGAGAAAACUGGAAA